UGCACAUUGAGUACCACCACAAUAUGUUGACAUCACACCAGAAAGGGAACCCAAAGGAAGUAAUUGUUGGAUGGUAUUCAACCGGAUUUGGUGUUACGAGAGGUUCUGCUUUGAUCCAUGAAUUCUACUCUAGAGAGGUUGCAAAUCCUUUCCAUGUACCAGUGGACACUACAUUCAGAAAUGGAGAGGCAACCAUAAAAGCCUUUGUCUCUGUUAAUUUAUCUCUUGGAGACCAGUCACUUGCUGCUCAAUUUCAGAAAAUUCCUGCAGAACUUCGAAUGUCAGAAGCAGAGAGGGUUGAAUGUUAGAUUGUUGCAUCUACAUGGGUCUUAUCAACUUGAUCAACUCAUCAUGUGUGAGGUCUAUACUCUCAGGAAUGCGCCUUAUGCUAGUGAGGAAAUUGAUGUGG